UUUCCAUUAUGCAAUCGCUCUAGCUUUAGCUGGAAGGAGGGCACGCACAAGAAUAUACGCUUGCGCAGCCCGGAACUAAAGUGCCCUGGUCCAACAGUUCCACGCUUUCCGGUUUCCCGGGGAUCCAACCGUUGUGGACUCAAGCCAAUGGCGGCGCCCAUCUUGCCGGUGGCGGAGGCCGCCACCGAUGAGGAGGCGGGGACACCCAAACCAAGGUUCUUGGAGCCCGGAGCCGCCCCGUACGGAAACUUCCCCAGUUACUCCCGCUUCCACCCUCCCGAGCAGCGGCUUCGCCUCCUGCCCGCGGCACUGCUGCGGCGGCUGUUUCCCCCGGGAGGCCCCGAUCCUCGGCCGCUGCUGGCGCUCGAUGUGGGCUGUAACUCCGGGGAGCUGAGUAUUGCUCUAUACAGACACUUCCUCUCGCUUGAAGAGGGAGAGAUCUGUCCGCUUUCCACUAAAGACCUCCGCUUCCUUUGCUGUGACAUUGACCCUGUCCUGGUGGAUCGAGCUGAGAAGGACUGCCCCUUCCCUGCAACUAUGUCCUUUGUUACCUUGGACAUCAUGGAUCCCCAGACCCGGGAGCCCCUUUUGAGUUCCUUCCUGAACCAGUUUGGCCGCUCAGCCUUUGAUAUAGUCUUCUGUAUGUCCAUCACCAUGUGGAUCCAUCUGAACCAUGGGGACAAUGGCCUACUUGCAUUCCUGGCCCAUCUUGCCUCUCGCUCCCGCUACCUCCUGGUUGAACCACAGCCUUGGAAGUGUUACCGGGCGGCUGCCAGGCGCCUUCGAAAGCUAGGCCGCCAUGAUUUUGACCACUUUCGUUCUCUUGCCAUUCGUGGUGACAUGGCUAACUGUGUCAUUCAGAUUCUUACCAAUGACUGUGGCAUGGAGCUGGUGUGCUCCUUUGGCAGCACUAGCUGGGACCGAAGUCUCUUGCUCUUCAGGGCAAACCAGCCAUCAGAGCCUAUGUCAUCCCUGUAACCAAGAUGAAACAUAAUGAACAGAGUAGAUUGAUAACGUUGAAGCAACAAGAUGAGAGGGAUGGAGAAGCAGAUUGAGAGAAACGAAAAGAAUAGUGACCUGGCCAUGGAGAUUUCUGCAUUCAUCCUCUCCUUGACUGUUAACAAGGUAGCAUCAAAACCCAAUAGAAAUUAUUGGAUGAAUGGUCAAGAUAAAUGGUACUUGUUCCCUAUUGCUUGGGGACAGCUCAGUAAAGCCGUGGGAUUUCUGAUGUAGAAUACAGAGAUGUCCAUUGUAAGUUUGGAGAUGAUGCAGAGGCUGUUUCAGGGGUUUCUUCUUAGGACGAUGAGCUGGAACCUGGCCAACCCUAAAAUGAAUUGAUCAUAUUUGUCUUUGGUCUAGUUUCUUGAGGGGGAGAGGGUGUUCCUCUGGACUGGAAAAAGACUAGCUGUUUUCACAUUAUAUUCCUAGGUAUUAUGCUAAAACCACAUAAUCUGGAAGGAGAACUUACUGACCUGGGUAAAAUAAAGGAUUAUGGAAAAGCCAUCUUAUCUCUGUCGAAAAGGGCAGGUCUAAAAAAUGCAAAGACUUAGAGUAAGCCACACAAAUGCAGUUGGAUGUGUAUGCCCAGACAGGACCAAUAAACAUAGGUUACAAAAUCAACAUGUAAAUCAGUAAAAAUAAUGUAUUUUG